AUGGAAAAUAACACAAAAAACGAAGAUUGUGAAAUUCAGGGAAUCAAUUCAAUUACCAAAAAAGAAGAAGUUUUAUCUCAAAAUGUACAAAACUGUUCAGAAACGAAAGUAUCCACGGAUUCCAAGAAUACUCAAGUUCGUGUCGUUCGUGGAACUAAAAAAAUGAAAUUAGAUGUUUGUGAUAGUAAUAAUUUAGAAAAGAAAGAUUCCAAGGAUGAAGAAAAUAAUACGGAAGUAAAAGUAAGAUCUCUGAAAAGAUCUUGUGAAUUAUGGUCCAUGGAAGAUAAAAAUACCUUUUUCAAAGCAUUGAACGAAUAUGGAAAAGACUUUGAUGCUUUGCAAAGUUAUUUUUUAAAUCAAGGAAAGAAAAAAGGUUUGCCAGAUGUUGCAAUAAAAAAUAAGGAACAAAUAAGACAUUUUUAUUAUAGAACUUGGCUAAAAAUAUCAAAACACUUAAAAUUUUCAGAAGAUGUGAAAAAAACUUCACAAGAAUUAUAUGGAUUAAUUAAUUAUGGUGAACUUAGAAGAAAGUUACCACGAAUAUAUGAAAAAGUACAUUUAAAAUUAAAUGAACUUGUUUAUUGGGGUUCAACACAAGUUAGACUCAGAGGAAAAACUAUGAGAAUUAAAACACCUAUAUGUAGAGCAUUAAGAAAAUUGAAUCAAUUGGAAGAUUGGCAAGAAGAAAUUAAACUUCCUUCAAGAAUAACAAUUGAAUUAAGACCUCGUAAUAAUAUGGCAUGGUGGCAAGUACAAGCAUCAUCAAUGAAUCCAAGAAUACGCACUUUAUUGCCUAUACAAAGACGUUUGUCAAGUUUAUUAAUAUUUUUACAACAAAAAUGGAGACCUGCAAAAUAUAAUACAUUCCCUAAUGUAGAAAAUGCUAUUACUAACGAAAUGAAAGAUACUCGAUUGUUACGAGUGGCACCACCUGAAGGAAGUAAAAUUGCAUUACCAAUGGUGAAUCUUGGAGAAUAUCUCACUAGUAAUAGUGUUAGUUUAAAUUCUUAUGAAAAACGUUUAGGUCUGAAAAGUUCCAGAAUGGAUAUGUUAGGAUCUGUACAAUAUUUAAAAGGUGUUGGAAAAAAGGGAAUCAAGAAAAAUAAAAUGGAUAAAAAAUGUAUGAACCGUACAGAGGAUAAUUGUAUCAUGCCAGAUAAUAAUAGCGAUAUAGAUGUGAUAGAAUCUGGUAGUAAUGUUUCGGAAAAACCAUCGACUGUUAAUAAUUCCGAAACUGCUAGUCUAGAACAACAAACAGAAUUUAAUGGAUUUCCGGGCAGAGAAACUAUUGAAAGAAUUCGUAAAGGAUGGAAUAUUGAAGAAGCAAACACCAUCACUGUAGGAGAUCUCUUUUUAAUGUUUGGUCGCGAAUCAAAAGUAACAUUGGAAUAUUGGUGGGAUUGGAAUCAUCGAGAACACAUUGGAGAAUCUACAUCAACAAGUUUACACAACGACAAUCUAUGUCUUACGUUACAAAAAUUAUUAUCCAUAGCAAAACAUAGAUAUGGCACAAGUAAAGUAUAUGACAAUACUUCUGGGAGUAAUGAAACUGUGAUCUCCUCUCGAAUUCUUUCGACAAAAGAAUCGACUUUCAGAAGACCUUUAAUUCCACAAACUUAUCACAAAAUUGGAACUCCAGAUGCAUUCAAAACACAGUUAGAUAAGUUUAAGACACGUUUUAGUAAACGAGGCAGAACUGUAAGGCAAAAAAGCCUUAUUGUACAAAGGGUAUUGCCUAUCAUAUCUACACCAAAUAAUUCAUCAGAAGAUGUAAUAUCUAAUCCUCAAGAAGAAAAUAAAAUAAAUGAUUCUUCUAUAAAUAUUAAUGAUCAUCAAAAUGAAAAAUCGUCAUCUAUAAUUAUAAAUGAAUCACAAGUGAAAAAUUUAUUGGAUGAACUUGAAGUGGCAAGAGAUUCAAAACCUACAAAUUCCAUUAUAACAAGUGCUACACAAAUACUUAAAGAGGGAGAACAUCAAUGGUUGAAUAGCGAGGUAGCAGAUUUUUCAUUAAGUAGCUUUCUAGGUCAACUAGAGUCUCCUAUGAAGAUUUCACAGAGAAUUCAGAAUGAAGACAAUAUAGAAGAUAAUCGUCCAUCAUCCGAUGUUGUUUCACAUAUGCAGUGCCUGAUGGGAGAAAAUAGUGUUGAUUAUAUGGCAAAAUUUGCAAAUCUUGCAUCACAAAUUGCAUCGGAUGAUAAUAAAAAAUAAAAAUAUAAAUAAUUGAUUAGUUUUGUACAAAUUUUAACGAAAUAUCUAUUUUAAAUCAUGCAAAUUGAAUGAUGUUUUAUAGUUAGAAUAUGCAAUGAUAUUUAGAUUGACUAAUUUAUCUCUUUGAUAUUGACUUUCAUAGUUGACUGUAAUAAUAAUUCUAAUAUUGAUAAUAAUAAUAAUAAAUGAAAAAUAAAGUAAUUUAUACACAUAUAUAAAA